GAGUGACAGGCCCUUGAAGGAAACAACAAAACUCUAAUAGGAAAGUCUGAGUGAGUUCUAACAUGGAGCUGGAGCACUGCGUGAGUUUGUCAGUGUGCUUGGUGCUCGGUCUGGCAACAGCCAUGGCGGCGGACACAGAAUGCUCCCUAAUGAACAACACAAGCUGUGAUAAAUGCCUGCAGAAUGUCAAGUGUCUUUGGUGCAAUACAGAUUCUAAGUGUGUGGAUUAUCCAGUUAAGAAUGUCCUUCCUCUGUCAUCACUGUGUAAACUGCAGGAUGCCCGCUGGGGAGUUUGUUGGGUGAAUUUUGAAGCCAUGAUUAUCACUAUGUCUGUUAUUGGUGGAACCCUUAUUCUCUCUCUGGUCAUUUGCUGUUGCUGUUGCUGCAGAAAGAAGAAGCCAAGAAAUACUAGCCUGGAGGAUGAAAGGGCAUUUAGACAACAAGAGCAAAGGCAAGCCCAUCAGGAGGAAAGGAGGGCUGAAAUGAAGACUCGCUAUGAUGAAAUAAGGAAGAAAUAUGGUUUAUAUAAAGAAGAUAACCCUUAUUCCAAGUUUGACAGUUAGGUUGGUGGCAGCGUCCAGGAAACUAUCAGUUGAAGUCAGGACAACUAUAAGUGUACAGAAUCAUUCCUAAUCUUUUGGCACCUUUAAAGCCAGAGAUGCAAGUUUAACCAGAAGCUGCUCCGUUCUGUAUCUAUAGCUAUAAUUUAACCAGCUUGACCCAAAUACUUGUGUUUCUUCAAGUUUAACCCUUUUCUGAAGAAUAUUUUUUACCUUCGUAUUUUUUCUAAUUGAUAAUCACACUAAACACUUUAAUUCAUGUUUAGAAGUAGCCAUAUUGCUGCCAUAUGAAGUACUGUCCUAUAAUAUACUUAUCCAAUAAAACCUUUAAAAUGUA